CCCGCCAGGGUCGAAUUACGUAAUGACGUUUAUAGCCUCAAUGCCCCACGGAAAUUGGAACUCCGGGAAACCGUACCGUACCCUGAACUGAAAAUGCCUCCAACGACCAGAAGUUUCUCGUUCCCCAGAGUGAUCAUCGAGAAAGACACAGACUCCGAGCAGAGUUCGUCGGAAGACGAUGACCAGGAGGAGGACGGCGGAGAAGAACCUCUUCUCGACGAGGACGAAGACCCGAAAGCUCAAUGUAAUGACUCCGAAAAUGAAGGCCAAAAGAUCGAAGAGGACUCAAAGAAGAAGGGGAAAGCACCCAUUACUAUCAGCCUUAAGAAAGUGUGCAAAGUCUGUAAAAGGACGGGUCAUGAAGCGGGGUUCAAGGGGGCUACCUACAUUGAUUGCCCUAUGAAACCAUGUUUUCUCUGCAAGAUGCCUGGACAUACAACAAUGACAUGCCCCCAUCGGGUGGCGACUGAGUUUGGUGUUAUUCCAGCAUCCCAUAAGAAUACUCGUAACGCCCUUUUAUAUGUUUUUGAGCGCCAGUUCAAGCCACAUAUUCCUCCUAUCAAACCAGCGUAUGUGAUCCCAGAUCAAGUGAACUGUGCAGUUAUAAGGUACCACAGUAGGCGUGUAACAUGCCUGGAGUUCCAUCCUACUAACAACCAGCUCCUUUUAUCCGGAGAUAAGAAAGGACAAGUUGGAGUUUGGGAUUAUGGUAAAGUGCAUGAGAAGGUAGUCUAUGGAAAUAUACACUCUUGUAUUGUUAAUAACAUGAGGUUCAGUCCUACAAAUGAUGGUAUGAUAUAUGCUGCAUCUUCUGAUGGAACCAUUAGUUGCACCGAUAUGGAGACUGGAAUUUCUUCUUCAUUAAUGAACCUUAACCCUGAUGGUUGGCAGGGCCCUAGUAGUUGGAGGAUGCUAUAUGGUAUGGAUAUCAACCAAGAGAAGCACACUGCAUUUGUAGCUGACAAUUUUGGUUUCCUAUACUUGGUGGAUACAAGGUCCAAUAACAGAUCAGGGAAGGCUGUUUUGAUCCAUAAGAAAGGUAGCAAAGUUGUCGGAUUGCACUGUAAUCCUCUGCAACCUGAUCUUCUUCUGAGUUGUGGAAAUGAUCAUUUUGCUCGAAUAUGGGACAUUCGCCAAUUAGAGGCUGGUUCUUCCCUGCAUGAUCUAGCACACAGACGCGUUGUAAAUGCUGCUUAUUUUUCUCCCAUUUCCGGUUGCAAAAUUCUUACAACAUCUCAGGACAACCGCAUUCGUGUGUGGGACUCUAUAUUUGGCAACUUGGAUUCGCCAAGCCGAGAAAUUGUGCACAGUCAUGACUUUAAUCGACAUUUGACUCCUUUCCGAGCAGAAUGGGAUCCAAAGGACCCGUCUGAAUCUCUUGCAGUUAUUGGUCGCUACAUAAGCGAAAACUUUAAUGGAGUUGCCUUACAUCCUAUUGAUUUUAUAGAUGUCAGCACCGGGCAACUAGUUGCUGAGGUAAUGGAUCCAAACAUAACUACAAUUAGUCCCGUGAACAAGCUGCAUCCACGAGAUGAUGUUUUGGCAUCUGGGAGUUCAAGGUCGCUCUUCAUCUGGAGGCCAAAGGAUGACCAUGAACAAGCAGAGCAGAAGGACGAAAGGAAAAUUAUUAUUUGCACCGGAACAGAGAAGAAGCGCAAGCAUAAGUCUAAAAACGAUGGAAGUGACGAUGAUUCCGACAUGGAUAAGUUCACCCCAAAAGGUAAAAACGUUAAGUCAAGGAAACCCGCAACUGAAAUGAGAAACUCUUCUCACAAAAAGAAACGUUAAACUGUAAACUAACCCCCUUCCAUUUUGAGUUCUACAGCCUAGGUUCGUAGAAAUUUGUAGGUUUAGUUUGAAUCUCCUUAGCCCCUUGUAAGAUGAACCCAAAGUUAACCAACCCUCUCUCAUAGUGGUCUUAGUUUUUGAUGUUGCAUCUGUAUAUUGCUGGAAAUUAACUCUCUGAUGUAUGUACUCACUUUUUUGCUGCUUACUAGGGAUGAAUGAGAUUGAGAAUGAUAUUUAGGUGCUUAUCGGUCGGUAAAUGUCUCCUACCUAUCACCGUUAAAUAAUUGACAGUUAAGAAAGAUGAAUGCACGAGGAAAGAUAGAAAGUAGAUUUUUUCUUUAAAAAAAAAUAGCUAUCAAUUUUUUAAUAGUAUUAGGUAGGAAUAAUACCUACUUACUGGUAAGAACCUAAAUAUUCAAUGAUACCAACAA